GCGAUGGUGGCAGGCAGGAUCAACUUCCCACUGCUUGGACUAAAUCAGGGGGGAGAUUUGGGAGCAGCGUGUAAGCUCUUCAGGCUUGCUGAAUAUAUAAUCACAAGCUGAUUCCAGCCUAUGGAGAAGUGCACAAAAGAACAGGAUAAAUAUGGCUUUUAAGGGCGAGGACCAGCUAGAUUCCCUUUCCUUACCAGUUCAGCGCAUGCACCUAAUCCAGGUGGACUCUGUUCAGAGAUGGAUGGAAGACCUGAAGCUGAUGACAGACUGUGAGUGCAUGUGCAUUCUCCAGUCCAAGCCCAUCAGCAUUGAGAAGGAUGAACAGAAUGAACUCAUCCUCUCCUCACAGUACAGCACUUGUGACAACUUGCAGCUUCUGCUAAAGAGAGCUUGGAUCAUAAGCACAGAGCUGACCAGGAUUGCUCAGAAGCUGGAGAAGAACAGGUGGCAGAGGGUACACAGCAUGACAGUGAGAGUCAACUGCCAUGUGCAUUCCAUGAUAAAUGAGUACAACACCUUCACCAGGAGCUCUUCACAAGAAAUGCACCAGCUUGAAAAACUUUUAAUAGACAAGUGUUCAGAAUUUACAGCAUUCACUGAAAGGUGCUUACAGACCAAAGAUGAAGAGAUGCUGAAGUCCAUGAAAUCUUGUGUUAAUGAAACACUCACCACCAUUGCUCAACAUUUUGGCCAGUUGAUAGAGCUGGUUUUAACACAAGAGGCACAGAACCUGCUGAGGCAGAUCGAGCUCUCGGGCAGUCUGUACGUCACCGAGUCGGCCAUCAGCGGUUUAUUCAGCCUUGCCCAGGAAGGCGCUCACCUCUGCCGCAUCAUAGCCAAGGAAGGAGGUGUGGUCGCUCUCUUCAAGAUCUGUCGCCAGGAUUGUUUCAGGUGCAUUUAUCCCCAGACCCUGAGAACGCUGGCAUCAAUUUGCUGUGUAGAGGAAGGGAUGCACCAGCUGGAGAAGGUUGAUGGGAUACUGUGCCUGGCUGACAUCCUCACUGAUACCAGCCAUUCUGAGGCUACUCAUGCAGAAGCAGCAGCAGUCAUUGCCCAGAUUACAUCUCCACAUCUCACCUUCACUCAGCAUCUCAGCAGCUUUCUAGAAAAUAUGGAAGAAAUUGUGACAGCACUUGUUAAACUGUGCCAAGAAGCCUCAUCAGGUGAAGUUUUCCUGCUGGCUUCAGCAGCUCUUGCCAAUAUUACUUUUUUUGAUACCAUGGCUUGUGAAAUAUUGCUCCAGUUAAAUGCAAUGAAGGUUCUCCUAGCAGCGUGCUCAGACAGACGCAUAGUGGAUACUCCAUAUUCCCGGGAUCAGGUGGUAACAAUAUUGGCAAACAUGUCUGUGUUGGACCAGUGUGCUUCAGAAAUCAUUCAAGGAAAUGGUGUUGAACUUUUAAUGGAGAUGCUCUCUGAAAAAUCCUCCUCAGGGAAUGCAGCAGAAGUUGCAGCUUGUGAGCGGGUGCAGCAGAAAUCUGCGGUUACCCUGGCGCGGCUCAGCCGAGACCCUGAGGUGGCAGAGGCAGCUGUAAAGCUCAGCUGUAUUCCUCGCCUGAUUAAACUUUGCAGAUCACCAACAGAAAGAAAUAACAGUGAUUCUGUUUUAGUGGCAUGUCUGGCAGCCUUGCGGAGACUAGCAGUUAUGAGUCCUGAUGGACUGGAAGAUUCAGAUUUUCAGCAGCUGGUAAAGCCCAGACUGGUGGAUUCUUUUCUGCUAUGCACAAAUAUGGAAGAGAGCUUUGUAUAA